AUGGAGAAACUCGAUACAUACCAGCCUAUCGGCCGCGACGAUAAGACUGUGCAGAUAUUACGAGCAUUCCACGCCCACCAUCCGGCAGAUGGGAGGGUCAAUUUCCUUCAUGAUUUCCAGUCACUUCAGACCAACGAGCAACUGCAUGAUUAUGCUCAGUCAUUGAUCAACGGCCUGGUGGCACCAUUGCGAUGGCUGCGCUCGACACCCACGAUUUCCCCACGCCUCGGAAUGGAGGAGUCCAUCGAAAACAUCGAUUCCGAGUCAACGGAGCCGAUGGCAAGAGAAUCCCGACUCAAAAGAGAGUGUCUUGCCCGUGAUGACCAGAGAUGUGUUGUGACUGGGGACGUAGAUAGGAAUUCUCCUGGUGCUCACGACAUGUCUUACUGGGCAGACACCGAAUGCGUCCAUAUAAUCCCAUUUUCCCUGGCGUCGUGGAAAUCGGAGUACAAGGGCCAUGUCAAGGACAUUAUAUGGGCAAAUCUCAUCCGGCAUUUCCCUGCUAUUCAGUCGCUCAAUUUCACCCGCGAGAACAUCAACGAUACCAAAAACGCCAUAACCAUGUCGGGUUUUCUGCACCGACCAUUUGGGUGUUUCGAUUUCUCGUUUGAAGAAACCUCCAAGCCGCACACAUACCGUCUCCAAAACUACGCCCCAAAUCUAGGUUGGCUAGCAAGAUUCCUGCCUGCAACGGUUGAGUUCAAUUCGUAUGACGAAAGAUACGACCUGCCAAGUCCCGAGCUCCUCAAGGUUCACGCAAUUAUUGCGCGAAUCUUCCACGCUUCUGGUGCAGCGGAGUCUAUUGAAAAGGCACUUCGUGAUCUAGGAGAGCACUCCAUGCUAACAAGGGAUGGUAGCACCGAUAUUUCUUCUAUGUUGGCGGCGACAACACUAGGUGUCCUCGGUUCCCGCGCCACCAAUGACCAGCCGACCUGCGCAGCGUUCCCAUAUUCCGAAACAAAUCCCCAGGGCACUCAAAGGAAUGUUACACAUGUGGAUAGGCCGCCGAGCGAGAAAAACAGUCUAGCUACGAGAAACAAACACGUCUUUAGCUAUCUUCCAAGAAACCACUUGUGA